UGCUUGAGACGCCCUUGACUGUAAUGGACUGCACACGUCAUGCAAACAGGCGUGUCGGCAUUCUAGUCGAGUCGAGUUACUUUCACCUCCUGCCUUGAGAGGCGACGCCCGCGUGUCUGACUGUGCACAAUGGCAGCAGCUAAUCUCUCUGUGUCUGCCGAUCAAUACACCUGCUCGGUGUGCCUGGAGGUCCUGAAGGAGCCGGUCACCAUCCCGUGCGGACACAGCUACUGUAUGGACUGCAUUGAGCACUACUGGAACGAGCUGGAUACCAUAAGGAGUUACAACUGCCCUCAGUGCAGACUGGAGUUUGACCCUAGGCCAAAACUUUACAGAAAUAUAAUACUUAAAGAGCUGAUCGAAAAUCUGAAGAAAAUGCAAGUCAGUGCUACUGCGUCUGCGAGCUGUGCUGGACGUGACAAUGUGCUGUGUGAUUUCUGCAUUCGGAGAAAAGUGAGAGCUGUGAAGACCUGUCUGACCUGCAUGGCCUCUUACUGUGAGACUCACCUGCAGCCACACAAGCACUCGGAAGUUCUCAAAAGACACAAGCUGGAGAAGCCAACAAGAAAUCUCGAAGAGAAACUCUGUACAACGCAUCAGGAAGUGCUUAAAAUGUUCUGUAGGACGGAUGGGACCUGCAUCUGCUUAAUGUGUGCGGCAGGCGAGCACAAGAACCAUGACAGGGUGACACCUGAAGAAGAGACAUCUAGAAGACAGGAUGAGUUGGAGAAAACCAAGGCUGAAAUGAAAAACAGGAUCAAGGAGAAAGAGAAGAAACUGCAGGAGAUGAAGGAGGCCAUAGUGAGAAUUCAGAGUUCUGCAGACAGAGAAGAGCAGGAACAUGAGCAGACCUUCAGAUGUCUAAUUCAGUCCAUUGAGAGGCUGAAGUCAGAGGUCACUGAAGCCAUUAGAGACUACAAGCAAAGGGAAGUCAGAAGGGCUGAGGAGUUCAUCGAACAACUGGAGAUGGAGAUCCAGGAGCUGAAGAGGAGAGACACUGAGCUGGCCGAGCUUUCACAAACAGACGACCACAUCCACUUCCUAAAGAAAUUCCCCUUCCUGUGUGUCCCACCUGGAGAUGGAGGUACAUUCAGCAUUACUGUGGGUGACAAUCUGAAAACUCUGAAGAAAAAUCUCUCUGAUCUGAAGAUAAGUCUGGAGGAGAUGAGAGGCUGGGAGUUGAUGAAGAUCAGUGAGACCGAGGUCGACACGCCAGAUUACAUUCUGCAGAAUGUGAGGAAUAGAAAUUAUUUCGUAAAAUUCUCCUGUUCUGUCACAUUGGACCACAACACGGCAAACAGACACCUUAUCUUCUCUGAUGGGAACAUGAAGGUGACAUAUCAAAAGACGGAGUCCCCAUAUCCUGAUCAUCCGGACAGAUUUGACUACUGGCCCCAGGUUCUGUGCAGAGAGGCACUGAGUGGGACUCGCUGUUACUGGGAGGUCGAGUGGAGUGGGAUGUGGACUGUGAUCGGAGUGACGUACAAAGGAAUUAGCAGGAAAGAGAGUGACAGUCUCCUUGGAUUCAAUGACAGGUCUUGGCGUUUGUUCUGCUCUGAUUCCAGUUACUCUGCAUGGCACAAUAAGAAAAAGACUGAAAUUGACGUCCCUACCAGUCAUAAAAUCGGUGUGUACCUGGACUGUCCUGCUGGCUUCCUGUCAUUUUAUAGUGUCUCAGACACCCUGACCCUCCUGCACAGAUUUAAAGCAUCACUCACUGAACCGGUUUAUCUGGGCUUUGGGGUUGGACCCAACUCCAUGGUCUCAGUCUGCCCUCUAAAUCUCCUGUCCUCCGUGUCUCGGUUAAAACAAAACCUUCUUGUAUUUUGGGGUGGAGUGGUAAAGAAGAACAAUGCUGGAGGCAAACAGUAGGGCGAGGUACACAUGGGACCCCAAUAACCUGGACAGCAGAGUCCUGAUUAAUUCAGUCCAAUGUUCUUCACAGAAUCUUUUUGUGCUGCAAUGUUGUAAAGCUGCUGACAGGAGUUAACAGGGGUUGCUUGCAGUAUUUGCGCUCAGCAAGGGUUAAUGCUGAGAGGUGGUCUCAUCUCCUGCAGGCAGAGACCUCACUAGCUUUUAUGAGCACCAUUUUGUGGAAACUACUGAGAGAGCGUCAGCUGCCCAAUGUCUCUCUGGGUUUCUGCCCUUAAGAAGAUGUUUUCUCAUUGCACAUUUGGAAGAUUUGAUCUUGUGAGGUGGUCAGUGGUGGGCACUGCUGAUUCUUUACUGAAGAGUUGCCCGGCUGGUUACUGAUUUUGUUGAGGUUGCAUUUGUGGGUUUUCUCUUCACCCGAAGGACACAGAAGGUUAGAUUGAUUGGAAAGUCAAAAUUGACCCAGUAUGGGUGAGAGGGGGACAACCUGUGAUGUCUUGGCAUCCCACCCAGAAUGGUUUGUAUCUGAUGGAGAUGUCUCACUGAUUUCCUUUCUGGAAAGUUCUUGGAUACUGUGGAUGGUGCAGCAUAGUAACAAAAUGGCUAACACUCCUGUGGCAUGGAUCUACAUUCCUAGGUUUGAAUCUUCCACCAGAUAACGCCUCAGUGGUGUCACAUUUUCCUACAUUUUUUCACAAUGCUUUAUUAAUUUUCAAAGGAUAGGGUAGCAGAAAAAAGGAAAAAUCCCCAAGCAGCUGGUGCCAACAUCACUAAAGGUUUGUGUUUGCCAUAUGUCUGCAUGGAUUUUCCAUCAAUAUCCCAGUUUUCCCUUUCACAUCCCAUAGGACAUGCAGGAUAAGAUAACUGGUCAUUUCCAAUAUGGCCCUGUGAUGGACUGGCAUCUCUCCAUGGCUGUUUCCUAGUUUGUGUAGAGUGCUGCCAGGUUUGGUUGUGGACCCCUGUAUCCCUGUACAGGAAAUGCUGGGACACUUCUGGCCGGAGCUGCAUGGUAGUUCUGGGGUUAGUACUGCUGCUUCCAGUAUCCAGUGUUCUGGGUUCAAGUCGUACCUCCAGAUGAAAUCCCUGUACCCACAUGAGUUUUCCUCCACAACCUCAGCGAUUUGCAGAUUUUAACUGGUGAGUACAAAUUGACCUCUUAUUUGACCUUAGUGGGCCUUUUUAUGAACCAGUGCCCCAUACAGGGCUGUUUUCCCCAUGCCACACUGUGCUGCCAGCAGAGGCUCUGGUAACCCUAACUUGUUUAAGAAUGGAUGACUGAGUGUGGAAGGACCUUUCAAAGUCCCUCAGACUUUCUCUGCAUUAUUAACGAAUCACCAAAGGACCCCAGCAGAGUCACGUGUAACUAUGGCAACCCAGAGCUGAAAUGAAGCUGUGCCUCCACUUUACCAGCAGGGGGCGCACCGUGAUGAUUGUUGCCAUUUGUUGAGUGUAACGUUUAGUAAUCCUCUUUGUAUCUUCUGUAUGGUAUACCGGAAUUGGCUUUUAGCACUUUUUGAACAUCCUGGCUUUGUCUCUGUGGUUUGGGAAACUCUCAUCCAAUAAAGCUUUAUGGAG